CACGCGGUGGGAUUCGGUGGUUGGGGCGGCGAGAGAGUCUCGAAGGGUAUCGUGAUGCGCGUUAUUGAAAGAUAGAUCUAGUCGGACCCGGGUAGCGAGCCAGUAAAGAACGAUUGCGCACUUUUAGCGCGAUUCUUAUCAAAGUAAUAUUUACAUUCUUUUUUAUUAAGAUUGAUCCAUGAUCUAUGCGAUCUUAACCACCUAUUACGCUAAACCACUUGAACUUGUUACGUGACAUUGCUGUUUUUUAUCAUCAAUAUUGUGAGAGGAUUAAAUAACAUUAAAUUAAUAUAUAAUCGAGAUGGAAUACUUAUAUUUUUGGCGCAAAUUCUGGGGACAUUCAAACGAUGAUGUGGUUGAUUCUGUAACAGGAUUGACUGGACGAGAGAUAAAGCUUGUACAGAGUACAUGGGCAAUCGUGAGAAAGGAUCCCGUGGCUUCCGGUAUCGCAAUAAUGUCAGGCUUUUUUAAACAUUAUCCAGAAUACCAAGCUUUUUUUCCUGCUUUUAAAGAUAUUCCCCAUAAAGAUUUACCUGAAAAUAAAAAGUUUCAAGCACACGCGCUAAACGUUGUUACUGCACUAAAUAGUACUGUUGAUGCCUUAACCGAUGUUGGAUUACUAGAAGCUACGCUCAUUAGUCUUGGAGAACGUCAUGGUCGACGAGGACAAACAACGCAACAAUUCCUUCACUUGAAGCAAGUGGUUAUAGAUGUUCUACGCCAAUCAUUGGGUAACAAGUUCACGCAAGAAGCUGAAAAUGCUUGGAUAAAAACAAUUGACGCUGCAUAUUCUUAUAUUUUCAAAGGUCUUUCUUCCUAACAACACAUUCUUUUUUAAUAACCAAAGGGAAAAUUUAAUAAAACUACCCCAACCACGCCCGAGAGCAUAACGUUCGUUUUCCGGCACAGUUGAUCGCGUCAGGAAAUUGCUUGAUCGUUGUCACGUGCUAAGAACUUCUAUCUACCGCAAUUUCCGAAUUAAAUCGUAUAAAAGUGUUUGCUGAUUUUUUUAAUCUAUUAGAGGAUAAUCAUCAUUAUCGAAUAAUACACACGAUGUGUCUUUGCAUUUGUUAUCAAUCGAAUUUUAUCGAAUAAUAUCUUGAGAAAAAUAUUUUUAUUUCAAUGACAAAUUCAUUUUAU